CUGCUCAUUGUACUGAGUCAGCGGCCAUGCGCAAAUGGACCCAGAGGAGGGCUGUGCUGUGUAGGCUGUAGUCUACAUAAGAUCUGCCUCUGUGGGGCUGCUCACACUCACUGUCGACCGGAGAUCACAGGUACCAUCUGGAGCUUGCGUGAGGAGACCAUAAAUCCGGGAUAGUCUCUCCAGAUAACCCUCCUAGUGUGACUGACGGAUGCAGCAGAGAGAAGCAGCAGCAGCAGCGAUGCGGCGGCUCUGCUGUUAACUCGUUGGACCACCCCUCUUCUCUCUGUGUGUUUUUUUUUCUUUUUUGCCGGUUCUUUUCUGAAGGAAAAUUCACAAUGAAGCUCAAACCGAACCAGACCAGGACGUACGACGGAGAGGGCUUCAAGAAGAGAGCGGCGUGUCUGUGCUUCAAGAACGAGCGUGAGGAGGAGGUUCUGCUGGUCAGCAGCAGUCGGCACCCGGACCAGUGGAUCGUCCCCGGAGGAGGGAUGGAGCCGGAAGAGGAGCCGUGUGGCGCCGCAGUGAGAGAGGUGUUCGAGGAGGCCGGUGUGAAGGGCAAGCUGGGACGUCUGCUUGGUGUGUUUGAGCAAAACCAGGAUCGGAAGCACCGGACGUACGUGUAUGUGUUGACCGUCACAGAAACCCUGGAGGCCUGGGAAGACUCUGUCAACAUCGGCCGGAAGCGGGAGUGGUUCACGGUGGAUGAGGCCAUCAAAGUCCUGCAGAGCCACAAACCCGUCCACGCCGAGUACCUGCGGAGGCUCCAGCUCAGCUGCUCCCCCACCAAUGGAAACUCCAUCCUCCCGAGCCCGCCGCCCAACGACAACUACCCCCACUACAGCGCUACGGCCACCGCGCCAUCGACAGGCACCGUGCUGGGCUCCUCCUGCAGAUAGGACUGCAUCUCAGCCUCUUGUCCUCUGGCAGAUCACUGAACGUCUGUACAGUCUCUUGCAUGAAUCUAAAGACUCUUCAGAGCCGCGGCUCUCUUGUAUGUAUCAUUUCUAAUCUUAGCUGCAGGACAGACCAAAGCCAUUGCCAGGACUGUGUUAAAGACUGAGCAGGAGACGCUCGCAUCUCAGACACUUUUUUCUUUGCUGGCAAACAGCGGACUGUU